CUCUCCUGCGAAAUCCCUUCGCGCUCGAGUUCUCAGCUUGGAAGCAAUGGAGACGGCGGUGAGCUUUCGCCCUUCUUUUGGCCGUCUCUCUGUAAACCCUAGCCCAAGAGAAGCUCCAUUUGCCCUUUCUUUCGUUAAGGGGGUUUCUGGUAGAAGCUUCUGCCCAUCUUUCGCAUUGAAAGCGCGCGGAAAUCGAAGUUGUUUUUCGAGAUCGUUUGGUCGAGGAACUAUCCGAUGUUCCACCUCUUCCACGACGGAGACUGCCUCUGUAGGGAAGAAGAAGUUAAUGACAAGAAGAGAUGUGAGAAAUAUAGCAAUUAUUGCUCAUGUUGAUCAUGGUAAAACAACUUUAGUGGAUGCUAUGUUGAAGCAAGCAAAGGUUUUCCGUGAUAACCAAUUUGUGCAGGAGAGGAUAAUGGACUCAAAUGAUCUGGAACGGGAAAGAGGAAUUACAAUUCUUAGUAAGAACACAUCAAUAUUCUACAAAGGGACCAAGAUUAAUAUCAUCGAUACUCCAGGUCACUCAGAUUUUGGUGGGGAAGUGGAACGUGUUCUGAACAUGGUUGAAGGCGUUCUUUUAGUGGUAGAUUCUGUAGAAGGGCCAAUGCCUCAAACUAGAUUUGUCUUGAAGAAAGCUUUAGAAUUUGGACAUGCAGUUGUAGUAGUUGUUAACAAGAUUGAUAGGCCUUCAGCCCGUCCAGACUUUGUGAUUAAUUCUACAUUUGAACUUUUUAUUGAGUUAAACGCAACUGAUGAACAGUGUGAUUUUCAAGCUAUAUAUGCAAGUGGUAUCAAGGGAAAGGCCGGACUAUCUCCAGAUGAUCUUGCAGAUGAUCUGGGACCACUUUUUGAGGCUAUCCUAAGAUGCAUACCAGAACCAUCUAUUAACAAAGAUGGCCCACUGCAAAUGCUUGUGACCAAUAUUGAAUAUGAUGAGCAUAAAGGUAGAAUUGCAAUUGGGCGUCUGCAUGCUGGGGAAUUGAAAAAAGGAAUGGAAGUGAAGGUGUGCACCUCAGAUGAAACAUGUAGACUUGCUAAAAUUAGUGAGCUUUUUGUGUAUGAGAAUUUCAGUAGAGUUCCUGCUGAAAGUGUUGAAGCUGGUGACAUUUGUGCAGUCUGUGGUGUCAGUGACAUAAUGAUUGGGGAGACAAUCGCUGAUAGAAGUUCUGGCACUGCAUUACCUUCCAUUAAAGUGGAGGAGCCCACUGUGAGAAUGUCUUUUACAAUAAACACUUCACCUUUUGUUGGUCGAGAGGGAAAAUAUGUAACCAGUCGCAACCUUCGAGAUAGGCUUUAUCGCGAACUUGAGCGGAAUUUAGCCAUGAAAGUUGAAGAUGGAGAAACAGCUGACACAUUUAUUGUUAGCGGGAGGGGCACAUUGCAUAUCACCAUCUUAAUAGAAAACAUGCGAAGAGAAGGAUAUGAGUUUAUGGUAGGUCCACCCAAGGUUAUUAGCAAGAGGGUAGAUGACAAGCUGUUGGAACCGUACGAGAUUGCUACUGUGGAGGUACCAGAAGAAUAUAUGGGACCUGUGGUCGAACUUCUGGGGAAAAGGCGAGGGCAAAUGUUUGAUAUGCAAGGAAUUGGGUCGGAGGGAACAUCCUUGCUCAAGUAUAAGAUUCCCACACGAGGUCUUCUUGGACUGCGAAAUUCAAUCCUAACAGCUUCACGUGGUACAGCGGUUCUUAACACAGUAUUUGAUGCCUAUGGGCCUUGGGCUGGAGAUAUUAGCACAAGGGAUCAAGGAUCCUUGGUUGCUUUUGAAAAUGGAACAACCACCUCUUAUGCCCUUUUUAGUGCACAAGAAAGGGGACAGAUGUUUGUUGGCCCAGGUGUAGAAGUAUACAAAGGUCAGAUUGUAGGUAUCCAUCAAAGACCUGGUGAUUUGUCUCUUAAUGUGUGCAAGAAGAAGGCUGCAACAAAUAUUCGAUCAAACAAAGAACAGACAGUUGUGCUUGAUACACCCUUGACUCUUAGCUUGGAUGACUGCAUAGAAUACAUUGAAGAAGAUGAGCUGGUGGAGAUCACUCCUUCAAGCAUCCGAUUAUGCAAGAACCCAAAGGUCACAAAGAAAAAGUGAACAGCUCCUGAUGACCAAUCUUGCCACGCCAUUUAAGUUGGUCAGUUGGGAACUUAUCAGCAACCACUUCUUGGGAAGACCAGUUGGCUUGGAGAAUAUACAAUAAUACUUUUUAUCACGCCAUUCAGAGCUCACUACAUGGAAGAGGCUCUCAUACAACAAAUAAAAUUCAUUGAAGAAUAUCUUAUUGAGAUUCUGUUCAUGAUCAGAAGCAUACAUAUAAAUUAUACGGAGCUUGCUGAAUUAUAUUAUUAGCUCCUAUUUCAAAAUUUUGAAGCAAUUGCGUAUUCUGUUACCAUAGAUACACUCAAGUCUCUCCUAUAUUCAAUUUUCUGCUAAUUCUGAUGCUGGAAAUCUGAAAAAGGAAUAUUCAAUUAUUCUUAUGACUCAAUCAAUUCAAAUUUGAGUGUGUGAACCCUCAUGGUUCUUUCA